AGCCACUUCCUCUUUUGUCUAAUUUCAUGGCGAUCGGGAGAGAGGGAACACCACCGACGCACGCACACUGUCUCGGCACUCUUGAAAGAGUUUAUCCGGGUGUAAACUAAGUUGUCAAUCUGACUGGCACAAGGACAUUGUUCGUCAGGUGAAACUAAGUGGACAACGUUAAAGGGGCUCCAUAGCACUUGGAUCUGUUCUUCUCUGUCCCAGGUUCAGACUGCGUGGUCUAUGGCUCUGAUGGACAAACACAAACAGGUCAAGCGGCAGAGACUUGACCGCAUCUGUGAGGGUAUCCGACCCCCCAUCCUGAACGGGCCAAUGCACCCGCGGCCCCUGGUUGCCCUGCUGGACGGGCGCGACUGCACUGUGGAAAUGCCCAUCCUCAAGGAUGUGGCCACAGUGGCCUUCUGCGAUGCCCAGUCCACACAAGAGAUUCAUGAGAAGGUGCUAAAUGAGGCAGUGGCUGCUCUUCUCUACCACACCAUCACUCUGUCCAGAGAUGACUUGGAAAAGUUUAAAGGCCUGCGCGUGAUUGUCAGGAUUGGAUCCGGCUUCGACAACGUUGACAUCAAAGCAGCUGCUGAGCUAGGCAUUGCAGUCUGUAACGUGCCAGCGUCUUCAGUGGAGGAGACAGCCGACACCUCGCUAUGUCUGAUCCUCAACCUGUACAGGCGAGUCACCUGGAUGCACCAGGCCCUCAGGGAGGGAACCCGUGCCUCUAGUGUGGAGCAGAUCAGGGAGGUAGCUGGCGGUGCUGCACGUAUCCGCGGUGAAACGCUGGGCAUUAUCGGCCUAGGGCGUGUUGGCCAAGCAGUGGCUCUGCGGGCUAAGGCCUUUGGUUUUGGUGUGAUCUUUUAUGACCCCUACCUGCCUGAUGGUGUGGAGCGCUCACUGGGCUUGCAGCGCAUGGCCACUCUGCAGGACCUGCUUAUCCACUCUGACUGUGUUUCCCUGCACUGCAGCCUCAACGAGCACAACCACCACCUCAUUAAUGACUUCACCAUCAAACAGAUGCGUCAGGGAGCCUUCCUGGUGAACACGUCAAGAGGCGGUCUGGUUGACGAGAAAGCAUUGGCUCAAGCCCUGAAAGAAGGCCGGAUACGAGGGGCUGCCCUGGACGUGCAUGAGACAGAACCUUUCAGUUUUUCGACAGGCCCUCUGAAGGAUGCCCCCAACCUGAUCUGUACCCCGCAUACAUCCUGGUACAGUGAGCAGGCGUCCGUGGAAGCUCGCGAGGAGGCAGCCAGGGAGGUUCGCCGCGCCAUCACUGGGCGUAUCCCUGACAGUCUGAAGAACUGCGUCAAUAAGGAGUACCUGAUGGCAGCCUCUCAGUGGCCCAGCAUGGAGGCAGCCACUGUUCACCCAGAGCUUAAUGGAGCCACUUACAGAUUUCCCCCAGGUCUGAUCAAUGUUGCAGCAGCAGGGGGUCUCCCAGGAGCGGGCGCAGGGGUUGAGAGCCUUGUUACAGGAACCCUGGCACACGGCAUCGCCCCUGUCUCCCACCCGCCUCAUGCCCCCUCUCCUAAUAAGGCCGAAGCCGACAGAGACAUCCCCUCCGACCAAUAGCCCCCCCUGCCGCCGCCAGCACAUUCCGUCGCCUCUGGAAACCACCCCCUCCACCUCCCAGCAUCAGACACAGCCCGACCCUCCAGUACAUCGGCAGCGCCAGUUUGACCUGAUGUGGAGCUACACAGUCUUGUUCCUCAGAUCACACAUAACCAGCCCAGGAGUGACCUAUCCACAGCUAGCCCCAUCCCAUCCACACCCCAGGAACACACACAUCCCUCCAUCCUCGUCCUCAUCUCCCCCACUCACCUGCCAUCCCCUCCCCCUCCCUUCACUCCCCCACAACGUCAGCAAUAACUGUGUUCUCAAGGAUUCAAUGAUUGGAUUGGUUUAUAUCCUUAGUUGGCUGUUGUUUUAAUGGAAAGUUGACCUGUUGUGGAUCUAGGUGUUAUUGUUUGUUUGUUUGUAAAAAAAAAAAAAAAAAAAAGCAUUUCUGACAUGAGGCUUUACAGUCUGCCGCCUCCUGCAGUCCUCUGACUCUGACCGGUAGAGGCACAGAGGCAGAAAGGUUGAAGCCCCCCUUUGUACAUUAAUGGCUCAUGUUACUGCUCUCUUCUUCUUCUUCUUUUUUUCUUUUCUCUCUUCCCUCCCCCUCCACCUUUCUUGUGAGGGGGGAAAAUGUGUACUAAAGUGAACCAGACAGAAUCACAAACCGUACAUCCUGUCCUCCCCACCAGGCGGCCAGCUACCCCUUAGCCCAGUUUGGCCCUUAGCUCUCCCUGGCACUGUCGUCUGCUUGCUCAGCAGAGGGAUCCAUAAUGCCGUCAGCGUGGCGCUCUCUCAGACUGUCGGAGUGUAUUAUAUCUGCUCGGCUCAUACUUCUGAUGGUAAUACCCGGCAUUCUUUGUCAGUUUUAGGGCCCCUGUAUUUACACAUGCUUCGCCCCCUCGUGGGUUGUUUUGUAAUGAGAUAAUAGCGUCAUAUCAGAGAGCACUGAGGCAUCAUCUCAUGCCAGCAGCUGGAGUGCUAUAUGUGUGAGGUCUUUACACGUGGUGCCCACACAGAAUAGAGUUUAGCAGCUUUUCUCUGGCUGGAAAGGCGACAGCAUGCCAGCAGAGGGCGCCGUCUGACCGCGCAGAGCUGAGAGAGUUGCACGCAGCUAAUUUCAGUCAGACAGUUACAGGUUAGCUGUAGUGAUGAAGAACAUGAUCACACACUGCCAACGUUCAGAACACGGGAUGGGUGAGCAGGGAUCGACUACCGCCUUAUUGUUUAACAAGAUCUCACUGCACCCCACCACCAACCCUGCACCAACCCACCCACCCUCCACUCCUCUCCCACUGUCAUGGCCCACCCUACACAUCACUCAUGAACCAGUAUGCAUCCACCAAUUCCUUUAAGCGUGAGAGGACAGUAGAGUCUAGAUUCCCUGUAGGAGCAACGGGACAGUGUUCUUGCAUGCUGGCUUUGUUAAUGACAGUGGUGUGUGUGCGUUUGUGUGUAUGUGUGGGUUUGUAUGCGUGUCUGUAUGUUCCCUCACCCUGUUAUGAUAACAAGCUAUUGUCUUUCCAAAGGAAUAGUCCCAAGGAGUAACUCUUUAACGCUGUUGCCCUGGUGUCAAGGGAACACCUUUCUAGUACCUCAGUAACAGAUAUUGAAUGUACCGUGCAUACCCUUUUAUUUUUUGUACAGAUUUUCUAGAUACUUCUUUACUAUUCUUUACCAGAAGGGUUGUGAAAUUGUAGCAGUAAUGAUACAAUAAAAAAAAGAAGCAUUGCCCCAUGAAAUGAAUUGACAAAAUCCUCGUAGGUUCGCUAUAGGUCACUGAAUACUCAGGCUUCGAAACCAAUGCGUAUCUCUUUGCCUUUACCUUUUAUUUCCUCAUUGUGGAAAAAUUCAGCACAACGCUUUCCAAACAAAAAAACAAAAGGCGGUCGUCGUGGUCUGCUAGUUUGUUUAUUUUUUUUUUCUUUACUAGAACAGUAGUAGUAGAUGCAGUUUUGUUUUAACACCCCCCUCCCCUCCCCUCAUUGUCAGGCUGCUCUAUCUAUAGUGCAUGUGAGGUAAUUUUUUAGGGGAAAUACUAUUGGCUUAAAGAAUUUGUGUCAUCUUGCUGUUUCUCUCUGCUCCCCGGCCUUUCCCGCCCCUCAGAGUGUUUUCAACCCGAGUUGCCAUUUUUGUCGUGGUCAGUUUCCAGUGAUGUACAGUUUUCCCUCAGAGUCUAUGAGAGACAUGGAGCAUGUCUGUGUCCUGAGAUGCUAGGCUCCUCUGUCAUGUGAUGAGUAUAUAUUUUUUAAAAAUAACCCCCAUAGUUCGGAUUAUGAGCAUAAUAGUAAUCUUAAAUUUUGCUGUUGAUGAUGAUGAUUAUAUAUAUAUUUUUCAGUUCAGCAGUGCACUGUUAUGAAAACCAUUCUGUUUUAUUGUAGGAUUUCAUUUUUAUGAAUAUGCUGUCUGUGUUCUACAUGUUGUACUGAAACAUUUCGGAGAAAAAACGAGAUCCCUCUCCUGGUGUUUUUUUUUUUUUUCUUCUUCUUAAAUUCGUCUUAUCCCAACUGUCUUUUCCAGCUGAUCUCCUCUGGGCCUUACUUAUUCUCUCCCUGUAAAAAAUAGCUGUUAUAGAAAGUCGCCAUGGAACCACUCACUGCCUUAAUACAGUUGACCCCAGCAGGUGAAGUCAGGAGACACAUCCAGUGGAAAAAAAAAACAGGCCGCUCCGCAGAAAGCUCCUCACACCCCGACAGGCCUAAAUCCGCAGCACGUUGCAUUUCUUUUUCACUGAUGAACCACAUUUAGCCUCGCAUAGAGAGUUUGUUUUGGGCUUAAACGCAUAAAUCCAGUGUGAAUUCUUACUGUGCAUUAUUAAUAAGAUGUUUUUCUUUUCUAACUUUGGAUAGUUCAAGUCAGCCCGGCAGUGUGUACGUGCGUAGGCUAACGGAUAAGCACAGUGUGUAUGCUCACAAAGCCACAGCUGAUAUUUCACUCUUGGGUGUGAGAAUGCCCCCCCACCCCACCCCACCCCACCCACCACCACCACCAACGCCACUCGGAGGCUCUUAAAGCGUCUUUGACACUGCUGCCAGAGCCCCAGUGGGGCUGGGUGGGGGAGGGCAUAGUGGACACUGGUGUGGUCUGUCAAAAAAAAGAAAAAGAAAAAAAAAAAAGAAGCAGAAAAUUACGGUGAGAAUUGAUCACUUCUUCUCUCUCAGGGUUCAAAUGCACACAUAUCCUCUAGCAGUCGCCCUCUGUCUCGUGUCCCUCGUCCCAAGUUUUCCACCCUCACAAUGUAGAACAGCCUCCUGCGUUUUUAGAAACCGCUCUCCCCUCGUUCCCCCUUUUGUGCACAGGUCUGAACUUUUUUUUUUUUUUUUUUCCCCCUGUUUCGCUUUCUUUUGGCACUGACAUCUAACCAUCUAACAAGGAAUGAAUGAAUGAAUGUUUGAAAGUGACUGUGUGUAAUGUUAAAAUUGGGAAAUGUAUUUUUACAACAUGUGAACAUUUUUUUUUUCCACUCACUCUCAUUGUGAAUUUUUUUCUUUCACCAGACUGCAAAAACAAACAAAAAAAACAAAAACAAAAAAAAAAAAAUCUCCUGUAACUAGGCUCUUAAGCUUUAUUUUUGUUUUGUUUACUUUUUUAUUAGAAACAAUCAUGUUUGUGAUGGUAACUUCCGAUGGUAAACUCCACACCGUAUUUUAAUAAAAUCUUAAAAAUGAAA